ACGUAACAAGUUUCCCAACGCAGCAGCCCAUUUAUCUGUGCAGGUGAUUCAGGCUUCCUGCAUUCUAUUGUUUAUCAUCGCUGUACAUAAAGACCGUUAUGAAGUAAUUUAGAAACUAUGCGAGAUGGCAGAGUCAACGCCGGUGUCAGUGAAAGACAGAAUUCGAGCAAUGCAAGUGCUAAGCAGCGACACGGUAGCGCCGAAAAACAACGACGUGAUGUAUAUGUCACCUAAAUCAAUACCAGUGAAGGGAAAAAAUGAAAAAUCAAGUUUGGUACUCGAAAACCUGGACUUAAUAGAGGAAAGCAUAUACAACGGUUCGGUUGAUGACGUAGUAGCAUAUAUGUCACCUAAGCAACCAGUGUUAAGUCCAACUUCAGAUCCGGACUUGUUUAAAAUGGUGGACAUGACAGAACUACACGAAUCGCCCACUAAGAAUUUACCUCAACAAAAACUUGAAUUUCCAAAGCCUGUCCCAUUGCAAAGUAGCGCGGAAAAAACGGAUCUUCCAAAACUGCUUAAACCGAACCACAAAUCGCACAGUACGAUAAAAGAUCGCUUCAAUCAACUGGAUUUACCAAAAAAGCAGCGGAGAAUUUCAGACCAUGUAUUUGAGGCGAUAUCAGAACCAGAAGAUCCUUACAUAGAGGCUGCAGACGCCACCUCCUCGCCGACAUUUCGCGGAAAGGUGCAAUUACGUCACGUGUCCAACGCUAGUGAUGACGUAACUGCGACGUCACCAAAAUCACCGGGUCAGUCGAAUGGAACAAAAAAGCAAAGUUUGCUAGUUCAACGUGGAGAUUUAUUAUACAACAGCUUUAUAAGUAUACCAGAUAGGAAAGACGGAGCAACUACGGACAAAUCAAAUGAUCGAAAGACGUCACAACUCGGUGCCAUGGAAACCGGAUCGCAACAAAGUGAGGUAUAUUUGGAACUCGAGUCGAAGGACGAGGCAGCAGAGACGACGGAAGAUCGCUUAGAAGAGAUGGGAGCUAAGCUCACACAGCAUAAGAUAUUCGGACAGAAGAAAGCGGAAAGGAGCGUCGAUUCGACACCACGUGAUGACCACGUCACCGUCACGAAUCCAGACGGAAAAUCAACUACAGUUCGACUCCGUAGGCCAAAGGAUGUUUUCCAAGAGCGCCCAAUAUCCAUGCCAUUUGCCCCGCCUCCGGACCCCCCUAAGAAGAUCUCUCUAUCCUCCGGAGCAAUAGAACCUCCAGAAGUUCCUCCUCAUGGCCAUAAACCAGGUCACCGACCUCUUCCGGCUCCUCCGAUGAUCUCAUCUAAUCCUCGCAUCCCGGAGUCACAAGAAGAAGAUGUGGAAAAGAAGAUCAUCCAAAGAAAAACAUCGAUGCCUGACAACCCUCCUCCCUCGCCUCCCUCCCCUCAAAAACCGCCUCCUCUUCUACCAAAGAACCCCAACAUUUUUGCUCCUAAACUCCCGUUUCGUCCUCCGUCUCCCUACCUCCGAAACAGCAUCCCGGAGCUAAGUUUGUCUCCCCCCGCCUCCCCAAUCGCCCCAGCUCUGCCAGAGAGAAACCAGGUGUCUCCCAAGCGUCCUAUAUCGACCCCAGAGCGUCCAACAUCCGAUAUUUCAUCCGACACACCGGAGAGAAAAAUCCACCCAAUUGCUCAGAUGAUAAAACUGCGUAAGAUCGCUGGCUCUGCGGAAAACGUUGGGCCAAAGACAACAAACAAAGCAUUUCGUUCAAACUCACGACUUGCGACUUCAGAACUGCCGCCGAUUCCAGUUUUUUCUACGUCAGAGUCAGUACCUAACCUCUCCAUAAGACCAAGCCCAGAAAUUAAGCCCAAACCAAUAGGUUUAACCAAAACAGCAACACGCAACAUGUUUCAAGAAAAACUGAAAACCUCACCCACAAAGUCCAAAGUCGCAGGUAAACUGUCAUCUCUUUACCCUGUCACAGGACAACGCCAAACCAACGUAUUAAACUAUGAAAACGACCGAUCCCCUUUAAAGAUGCCAACAAAACCGCCACCAAAACCCCCAGUAAAACCAGAGAACGCGUUUUCAAACGCAAACGGCUCUGUGGACGUUUUUCCUCGGUCCCCUAGCAAGCCUUCUAUAAGGUAUCAUAUGCCUUUACCAAUGCUGAGUUCAAAACCCCGCUUUUCUGAGUCAAAAACGACCGAGGAUAAAGGAGACAGAGGUUUACAGAUGCUACCGGUUCGAAAACACCCAGCAAAGCGUGAUGGCUACACGCUACAUUUACUACAGAACUUAAAACUCGAAAAGAGCAAGUCUUUAGAAAAGGACAGCGCGCAAUCACCAGCAGAAACAGCACCCCCAGAGUUAUACGCAAUAAUACCAGACCCUGUACCACAAGAAGACGAAACACAAACACCCGAACCAUCACCUACGAUAGACUUACCACAGUUGCUUCCUCGUAUAGCACAGAAACCAACACAACAACCCAGACCAGUAAGGUCCCCUCGUAUAAAAGCGAAACCCCGGCCCACUGCCCCGCCACCCCCCAGACCUCCAGGCCCUCCCCCACAGAGACCAAUAACUGCCGACGUAUCUCCUACUAAUAAACCCGAAAAGCCGAGAAAACCAUCCACAGAUUCAGUAAAAACUCCACCAGCCCGACCGCCCCCGCCCUCGGCGCAAAAGAUCUUUGCUUCCAAAAUUCGACCAAAAAGAUCUGAUUCAGAGCUUCAUAUAUCGCCUGUCAAGCUGCCAUCGCCUUUGAAAACUAAAGUUACAAGCAGUCCCAUUAUACAGUAUCCUGAACAACCGAAAAUUAUAUCAGAUCAAGCGUUCGCCGAUGUAGACGACGUGACCUACUCCGCUAUACCAGACUGGUCGGGAGAUUCAUUCAGCACCGAUACGAGUGAAGAUAACAGCUUCACCGAGUCGGUAGGAGGGGCUAAAGAGACCCCGAAAAAGAAGAAAUUAAGUCUUGGCACUCUAGCGUCCUCUGUGUCAACUUUGAGGAUGAAACUUGGACGUCACAAAUCACGUGACGUGAUAGCGGAGGCCUCGCCCUAUAGCACCGCUAGCGACGUCGAACCAAAGGGGUUCGAGGGGGUAGCAGAAGGAGUGUAUGCUGGGAUAGACGAUUACAGCGUAAACUAUAAUGAAAACUGGAACUCGAAUGAAACUUCAGAUUACAAGGGCGACGUCUAUUUAGCCGCCACUGAAAACCGGUCGUUCGUGUACGCUGAACUUGAUCAUACAAAUUUCGUUGAUGACGGGUAUUGAUGACGUCAUUUCACGGUCGAGCGCGCAGGAUUAUCAAACUGGAAUUCAUACCCGUCACAUGUUGGAUGCUGUGAUGCUGUAAAAGUCUUUACGUGGUUGGUAAUGAUGCACUUGUAUGGAGUUGGGGUCUGUGCUGUUAAUCUCAUCAUCGAAUUGCAUUUCCUAAAAUAGCAAGCAUUAAAUUAAACAUUAAAAUCAUCCAAUAUUGUUAUAUAGUAGGGUGGGGUAAGAUGGGACACAUUUAAUUUUAUUUUCUCAACGUAGUAAACAAAGAACAUUCAAAGAAAUAUAAAACUGUAUCCUCACGACUUCCAUAGACCGUUGUUAAUUGUUUAAAACACGAUCAGAAUAGUUGGAUAUCAUGUGCUAUAAAAGGUGUCCCAUCUCUCCCCACCGUACUAUACGGGUUGAAUUAGCGUUAGUGAUGCAAUUAAACACUAAACUAUACCUAUUAAGUUAUAUAGGCUAAAUUAUCGUCUGUACAAUGCAAUUUAGUAUUAAAAUAUCCUCAAAAUGUUAUAUUAGUUGUAUUAGGAUUGCUGCUUAUAUUGCUUUAAUGUGUGCUUUAUGUAAUAACAACCAUAAAUACACACACGCAUGCAGAUUAGGUAUUUCUCGCUAUUUUUGAUUUGUUCUUAUUUAUAUUCCAAUGCUUGCAUUACGAUAAGCGCCGUUCUAUUCUUGAUGCCGGUUAUAUAAAUAAACAUUUAUUUAUGA